UUUUUGCUAUUAAUGGAUUUCUUCUAUUUUUAUUACAGAACUGAGCAUCCCUUCUUGAAUUCGAAGAAUUGAUGAGACCACAGCUGUUAUUAUCUUUGAACUCUCUGUCUUUACCAUCCCCUGAAGAUAACUAGAUACCUCUCAGUUAUGUAAACACUGCCCUGGGCAACUUUCCCUAGGUUGCCUAUUUUUAAUUUACUAGUUGUUUUACUUUCCUUAUGGAAAAAGAACAUUUCCAGCAGUUAGAAGUAGAGAAUAGUGGACAUUCCAAAAGGACUACACCCAGAAGAAUCAUCCAUUUUGUUGAUGGAGACAUCAUGGAAGAAUAUAGCACAGAGGAAGAGGAGGAGGAAGACAAUGAGGAAGAGGGAAUGAAUUCAACACCUGACCAUACUAAACUUUCGUGGGGAUCCUAUCUACGGUUUUGGGCAGGGCGAAUAGCAAGCACUUCAUUUUCUACGUGUGAAUUCCUUGGUGAAAGAUUUGCUGUCUUGUUUGGUCUCGAUCAACCCAAAUAUCAGUAUAUGUUAAACGAGUACUAUCGAACACAAAAUAAGGAACUUGACAGGGAAGUUGAAAGGAAUGGUGCAGAGGCCCAGUCAGCUGAUGUUCCUAAUGAAAAGUGUCACCUGCAAGCCAGGGGCCGAGAUUAUGGGACCCAACAACAGGACACUGCAGAGGGUGUCCCUCGUGGGAGCACCUCAUCCAGGGAGAGCCUGGUGGCCAACUCCAGCCCAUGAAGGGCAGCAGUACCUGUGGCUUUCUUUAGUUCUCUGUUCCUUGACAAUUGAUUACCAUGGCAACAGCACACAGGUUGCCCUUCUGACACAGAUCUGACCCCAAUUUCCUUGUGGUUUAUUUUCAAGCAUCCCAGAUUGCAAGCAGCCAUCAGAGUAAUUUCGGAUUCUUUCUCAAUGUGAGCUUUUAUUUACAAGCCCUGGGCCCCAACUUCACCCUUGUUACCCCUGAUACAA